AUGGCCGGCCCCACAAUGCUGGCAUGUGCAUGUUGUUUCUUGAUCUACAUGCUGCAAAUGGUGGGUCUGGCGAAGAUCCCACCACAUAUGUAUGAUGUGAGUAGCUGCGCAGUUGUCCCAUGGCUUCAUGAGCAGAUGCUGCUGAGAUUUUACUUUACUAUUUCUGAAGUUGCUUAUCUACCCUCCUUUGCUUGGGCGCUGGUGGAGAUGUUGCGUUCAGCUGCUGUGGAUCUCAGAAUGCAGACAAGACGGUGGUCAACAUACACUGCUUUGAUGAGCAGCCUCUUCUUGUUGUGCUUUUUCCAACUUAUGAACAGGAUCCUCCUUGACACUAUGGGCAAAGAUUAUGUGAAUGGGAAGAAUAACAAUGAUCCAGUGGCCAUUCUUGGGAUGGUCAUGGAAAGUUUCCUGUCCUUUCUGAUGCAAUGCCGCCUGUUUGCCUAUGCCGACCACAUCAUGGACCCCGGGAACUCGUCCUGGAAACCUCCAGCUGCUUCCCGGGCCUGUGUGCUGCUGUCAGCAUCAUUUCUGGGUUUGCGCUCCUACCAUGUUGGCGUUCUCUUGCUGGGCCACAAACCAAAUUUCUGGCUCUCCACUUCCGCUCGCUUCGGUCGGAUCUUCUUUCGCCUCCUGAUGGGUGGAGCACAUGCGGUCCGCGCCAAAGCAUAUGCGGGGCAUGCUUUGAGCGACACCUUGAGUUCGCAGAUGAGGUGCAACAUGGCGACGCUGAGUGAGAUGAUGCUCGUGUCUGCGGUGUUGGCGACCUCAGUGGACUUGGUGGUUGUUGUGAAAGGCCUCAUCGCUCCGGAGAUUUUCUCCGCAGACUUCACGGAUUAUGAGAUGGACACCUUAAACGACCUCUUCACCCAAUGGCUCCCUAUCACUUUGCUCAUCACUGGUACCAUUGACAAGCGAGCCCCGCAGCCUCACAUCAAUGACCUCAGAGCUUGUGGCUUUACGAAUGGCCUGGUGCUGUUCUUCCUCUAUCUGGGCACCUUUUUGUUUGGUGCUUGGGGUGCUCGUGCUGUCCUAUUUGCCACCACCCCGGCUGCUAAGAAGUUGGCUCAGUUGGGUGGUGGACCCUUGGCCUUGGCCAAGGCCGGCGCCGGAAUGAUGUAUUUCGCCAUGCCGGCGCUCUUCGCCAGUGUCUUCCCCUUCACCGUGAAUUUGGUGCAUAAGGCCACCAAAGUCUCCAUGCCCAUGUGGCCGGGUGAGGGCCUGACCUUCAUCACGUAUCAUCGAAACGCCGCGCAUCUCUUUGCCCUUGCCUUGGUGUUGCAUGCUGCUGGUCAUAUCUGGUCGUUUGCCAAAGCAGGGAGCGUGGAGGACUACACCACUUUGCUGUGGCAUGGGGAUAAAUACACUUGGCUAUGGCCGUGGAUGACGGGAGUCUUUCUGGUGGUAUUGGGGCUCUCACUUUAUGUGGCCUAUUGGGGAUUGAAGAGGCAGUGCUAUGAUUUCUUUAUCCGAAACAAGCGCGUUUUGGGCUCAGUGCUGUUGGUCCUGGCCGCCGUGCACGGCUUUUCAGCCAACUUUGGAUCCCCACGGCUGUGGUGGUUUGUGGUGCUCAUCCUUUGCAUGUGGCUGAUCGAUCGAAAUGUGAAGCGCUCUGGAGCGGAGAUUAGAUGCAGCCAACAAAUCAUUAAGAUGCUCAAUGCUAAGGGGGAGUUCAACGGUGCUAUCCUGGUUCUACGUUCUCAGGAAACCUUCCAGGAAGCGGAACCCGGUGCAGUAUUGCUGCAGGUGGUGGGCGUCAAUGGCCGACAUCCCUUGACGCAGAUAGCUUAUCCAGCUGGCCGAAAUCGCUGGCAACUGGAGUUCCAUAUCAGACUGCAGCCCAAUGCCGAGAAGCAAAAUUGGGCCCACCGGCUGUACGACCACGCCCGGGCUCGAGAAGGCACAGAUGAAGGAAUUCUCUUAGAGGUCGCCGGGCCCAUGAGUACCUUGGGCACUUUUGGUCAGGAAGAAUUGCUGCGAGAUGUCCAUCGGGUGGUCUUUGUGGCCAUUGGUGUAGGAUUCACCGGCUGCAUUCAUCCUCUGUUUCUGUUCUUUCAUGCGCAUGAGGCGCACAUCCGACCAGAACACAUCCGCUUCUGCUGUCGCACACCUUCUGCCGAGUAUGGGGAUGUGCUGGAGCCUGUUUGCAGCGCUUACGGCUUGCGGCGAGGCCACGAGCUGAAGAUUUCGGUCAGUGAUGGGCCUGCCAAGGAGGGCGAAAAGCAGUCUCGCUCGGAGUGGAAUGAGAUGUUGACAACCGAGGUGAAUGCCUUGUCUCCCGGUGGCCAUGGACUCGUUUUGUUAUUUUGUUGUGGCCCUUCACCCGCCGUGCGCGGGGUCCAGAAUCUUUUCCUGGACGACAUGCGGGUGAGAAUGGUCGCCGAGGCAUUCGGAUAA